AUUGGAAAAGAAGAAGAGAACAGAAAGCUGAAAUCAUGCCCUGCUUUGUGCCCUUUAAGAACAACUUAGACCUCACUUUCUUCGUGCUCCGGUCGGUUAGUAUUCUCGAUGACGAAAUCAUUCAUUCCAUGAAAUGUUUCUCCUUCCAAGCUGAGGAUCUCGGCUGCGUUUACAGCUCAGUGAUGAAGAGCAUUCAUGGAAACUUGAUUGUCUGGUAUGGUGCUUGGAUCAAAAGGUCAGAGGAAAACAGACAUAUACUGAAUAAAACACUGUUAUCAGCCAUAGAAGACCUAUCACAUCUUGCAGUUCUCAUACAGCACGGAUUUUACAGCGUCUACGCUGGAGAAUCCAAAGACGGCCAGCAAAAUGCCCGGUUCUCUACAGGCGACACCAUUUUACUAUGUGGAAUGGUCCCUGCUUCUGAAGAUAGCUCUGAUCUUUCUUAUGCUUGCAUGGCAAUUCUUCGUUCGAGCUUCAAUAAUGUCGAGGCAUCCACAGCUGGUGUGUGCCUCCAGUGCCGUGAUAGGCCCAUGGUGGCCAUGCUCCACGUCUGGAAGUCCUUGCAAUCUUGCUACACAUGGCUUAUUACUGCAAAUUAUCGCAGGACUAUCCGGCCGUACAUCAGCAACUUCAGCUAUGAAGCUCAGUUUGACAUUUUCAAGGUCAUCUAUGUUAGCUCUGAUGAUGUUCUAAACUGUGAGAUCUCCCAAUCAAAAUCUGUAAUUGGAAGUAGAGUUGGAAAGGGUGAAGUGCAGUCAGAUUGAAGAUCCUGUACAAAGAAUUUGAUAGCCACAGAAUGUUCAACAUGUUUGUAGGCCUUUUCCUAUUGCUAGUUGCUUUUGAGACGUUUUGGUAUGUUACAGUUAGGUAUCAGUCGAGAAGUAACAUUCAGGAGAACUUAAAAUGACCUUUUACAGUACAGGUACUCACAAGUACACUUUGGAAAAAUAGAAUUUAUUAUGAAAAAAUUCAAUGUCCAUUUC